AUGUUUGACUGCGGCCCAAAGGCUCCGUAUAUUGCUGGGCAGCGGGACAAGUUUGUAAGGUUGGAUGACCUAGACUCGAGGCUAUCAUCCCCGUCAUCUUCAGUCCCGACCAGCUUUGGUACCGACAGCUUGGGACGUGGCAACCACACGUCUCAUGUUCCAUCAAGAUCGUUCAGAAAAGGUGUGAAAAAGGGUUCUGAGGGACUAAAAUCUAUUGGCCGGUCCUUUGGGUUCGGUGUCUCACGGGCCGUAUUCUCGGAAGACCUCAAGGUGUCCGAGAAGAAGAUAUUCGAUCCGCAAGACAAGGUUCUCACAAUCUGGAACAAGCUCUUUGUGAUGUCAUGUAUCUUGGGUGUGUCUGUGGACCCCCUUUUUUUCUUUCUUCCAGUUUUCAACAAGUCGUCAAAUUGCUUGGACAUAGACAGAAAAUUGGCCAUCACGGCCACCACACUCCGCACGUUGGUUGAUGUUUUCUAUCUUAUACACAUGGGUCUCCAGUUCCGGACAGCUUAUAUUGCACCAUCAUCUCGGGUAUUUGGUCGGGGUGAACUCGUUAUAAACCCUGCACAGAUUGCAAAGAGAUACUUGAAGUUCCAUUUUAUUAUCGAUUUUCUUGCCAUCCUACCCCUUCCACAGAUAGUUGUAUGGAGAUUUCUACAGAGGUCAAACGGCUCAGAUGUACUGGCUACAAAGCAAGCCCUAUUUUUUAUCAUUUUGCUUCAGUACGUUCCCAGGUUUGCCCGAAUUUUGCCACUAACUUCAGAACUGAAAAGAACUUCUGGUGUCUUCGCUGAAACUGCUUGGGCCGGUGCAGUAUCUUAUUUGCUGCUAUACAUGCUUGCGAGCCAUAUAGUUGGGGCUCUUUGGUACUUGUUGUCCGUGGAACGUAAUGACACAUGCUGGCAGAGGGCUUGUAAACACAGUGGUAGUUGUAGAACAGAUUUCUUGUACUGUGGAAAUCAGAUGACUAAUGGUUACAAAACCUGGAGCAUUAUUAGUGAUUCUGUUUUAAACUCAGCUUGUCCUGUGAAUGAUGACAACAAUCCGCCAUUUGAUUUUGGAAUCUUCAGGCAGGCUUUAGCAUCCGAAGUAGUUUCAUCAAAUAAGUUCUUGUCCAAGUACUGCUACUGUCUAUGGUGGGGCCUGCAGAAUUUGAGUACCCUUGGACAGGGACUUCAAACCAGUACUUAUCCUGGGGAGUCUAUAUUCAGCAUCGCACUUGCUAUCUUCGGACUUAUUCUCUUUGCGUUGUUGAUUGGGAAUAUGCAGACGUACCUUCAAUCACUGACUAUUCGACUGGAAGAGAUGAGAGUGAAAAGGCGGGACUCAGAGCAAUGGAUGCAUCACCGUCUGCUGCCGCCCGAUCUGAGGGAGCGAGUGAGGCGAUAUGAUCAGUACAAGUGGCUCGAGACGCGUGGGGUUGAUGAAGAGAGUCUCGUCCAGAGUCUGCCCAAGGAUCUCAGACGAGACAUCAAACGCCAUCUCUGUCUGGCUUUGGUGAAGCGGGUGCCGCUGUUUGAGAAGAUGGACGAGCGGCUGCUAGACGCGAUCUGCGAGCGGCUGAAGCCGUGGCUGUACACAGAGAGCAGCUACAUCGUGCGUGAAGGGGACCCAGUGGACGAGAUGAUCUUCCUCAUCCGAGGCCGCCUCGAGAGUGUGACCACCGACGGCGGCCGCAGUGGCUUCUUCAACCGCAGCCUUCUCAAGGAGGGGGACUUCUGUGGUGAGGAGCUUCUCACGUGGGCCCUCGACCCUAAGUCUGCCUCCAAUCUCCCGUCGUCCACCCGCACCGUGCGCGCCCUCUCGGAGGUCGAGGCCUUUGCGCUAUCUGCCGAUGAGCUGAAGUUCGUGGCCGGCCAGUUCCGGCGCCUCCACAGCCGACAGGUGCAGCACACGUUCAGGUUCUACUCGCAGCAGUGGCGCACGUGGGCCGCAUGCUUCAUCCAGGCCGCCUGGCGCCGCUACUCCAAGAGGAAGUUAUUGGAUCUCAGGAGGAAAGAGGAGGCUGAGGCUGAGUCUGGGGAAGCCGCCGGAGCCUGA